ACACACCCCAACUUUCUCUGUCUCAUUCCGUUACUGUUUACUGUUGCUUUGGAGCCUCCUAAAUAGGGCAUUGAAAACACUUCCUGCAGCUGAAAGAAGCCCUGAGAAGCUUGUCUCAUUCCCAGUGUGCAGCUCAGCAAGGGGUUCGUCCUUCUCUGUCACUGUCUUUUGCCUGUUGUAAUUCUGUCUGCCUCUCGAUGACUCUGCCUGUCUCACUUUCUGUUUGCGCCUCUCCUCACUCUUGUUCUUUCUGCCUGAAUCACAGUCCCUUGGUCUUCUGCCUCUUGCAUUUGUCUUUGUUGUGCUUUCUUUUUGCCGUUACACCAUCCCCUCUCCCAGUGCCUUCCCUCCACUUCUGGGAGACUUAAUUGCUCAGGCACAGAAAUGGAAGCUAAGGGCUUCUCCUGGCUUCCCUCUUCAUUUUAUUGAGGCUGCCAGUCAGGAGGGCCGUGGGUCCUGUAGCCGCGGGUGGCUUACAGCCAAAGGCGGGCGGAGCCCACAGGGCGGGAUUGGCCCUAGGUCCACCUCAUAAAGCCUAGGGCGAGGGGCGCGAGGCGUUCUGAAAGUGCCCUGGAGAGUCUGUUUGAUCCGACAGACCCCACAGGCUUAGUUGGGGUUCUGCAGUGUCAUGCCCCGGAGCCUCCAGACCGUAUCGAGCUGGGCGCUGUUGCUGCGGCUGCUGGCAUUGCUGCGGCCGCCAGGGCUGGGCGAGGCGUGCAGCUGCGCCCCCUCGCACCCCCAGCAGCAUGUCUGCCACUCCUCGCUUGUGAUCCGGGCCAAGAUCUCCAGUGAGAAGGUAAUUCCUGCCAGUGCAGAUCCUGCUGACACUCAAAAAAUGAUCCGGUAUGAAAUCAAACAGAUAAAGAUGUUUAAAGGAUUUGAGAAAGUCAAGGAUAUUCAGUAUAUCUAUACACCUUUUGAUUCCUCCCUCUGUGGUGUGAAACUAGAAGCAAACAGCCAGAAGCAGUAUCUCUUGACUGGUCAGGUCCUCAAUGAUGGAAAAGUCUUCAUCCAUCUGUGCAACUACAUUGAGCCCUGGGAGAAUCUAUCCUUUUUGCAAAAAGAAAGUCUGAAUCACCACUACCAUCUGAACUGUGGCUGCCAAGUCACCACCUGCUAUACAGUGCCCUGCACCAUCUCAGCCCCCAACGAGUGCCUCUGGACAGACUGGCUGUUGGAACGGAAACUCUAUGGGUACCAGGCCCGGCAUUAUGUCUGCAUGAAGCAUGUUGAUGGCACCUGCAGCUGGUACCAGGGACGCCUGCCCCUCAGGAAGGAGUUUGUUGACAUAAUCCAGCCCUAGUAAAGAACAAUGACCACCACAUUCCUUCAGGAGUUCUGAAGACCAAGCCAGUUCUUCCUCUCUACAGAGCUCUGGCGAUCACCACUUGCCUCAUUGCUGCCAGCCAAGGGGAAGUACCAAGUGGACAGUCUGGCUAGUGUUAGAGCAGGGCUAGGGUAUGUUACAGCUUGUGUCUGAAACGCCAGCCCACACAUGUCAAAGGCUAGGGAAAGUAUCCUGCCCUCAGCCCUUCUCUCCUGCCUCCCAAACUUUUUAUUCUAGCCAAUACCUGUUACUGAAAGUUUUGAUUCUGGAUUAGAAUCAAAAUAGUUCUGGCCAGAACUAUUCCCUUUUCUCUCUAGGAAAAUGUAUUUUCUCUUACCUUAAUUGAACUAAUAGUGAAGAAAUGGUGAAUGCUAUUCAUAUGAGAUAGUGUAGCUAUCUGAUGUACAACACUGGAAGACAGGUUGACAGUAUCAUAAAUAGGCUGAUUUGGAAGAAUGAAAAGACCAA